AUGGACGCGGCGGGCGGCGAGCAGCUGAGCCUGGCCGCGGUGCGCGACGCGCUGGUCCGGCUGGAGGACUCCGUGGUGUUCGCGCUCAUCGAGCGCGCUCGGCACCCGCGGAACGCGCCGGCCUACGCGCCCGCCGCCGCCGGCGGAGGACAUUCGCUCGUGGAGUUCUUCGUCCGGGAAGCAGAGGCCCUCAACGCGAAGGCAAGCUUCUUCCUUUUCAUGCGUCGCUUGUCAAAACAUCUAUUGAAGUGCUUAAAAAUGUUCUUACCCAAGCCAAAUAGCACAGAGGGUCAGAGGCCACUGGUGGCUGGACAUUAUCAAAAGCCAGAUGAUGUUCCAUUCUUCCCUCAAGAUCUCCCCUCGCCCCUCUUUCCUUCCAAGACUUCCCCAAAGGUUUUGCAUCCUUUUGCUUCAUUGGUCACUGUGAAUGAUGCAAUAUGGAAAAUGUAUUUUGAUGAAUUGCUCCCACUGUUCACUGUUGAUGGUGAUGAUGGUAGCUAUGCACAAACAGUUGCAUUGGAUUUUGCGUGUCUGCAGGUUCUAUCACAAAGAAUUCAUAUUGGUAAAUAUGUUGCUGAGGUGAAGUUCAAAGACGCUCCUCAAGAUUAUAGUCGAUUAAUAAAAGCAAAGGACAGCAAUUCUCUGAUGGAUCUGCUGACAUUCAAGGCUGUGGAAGAGAAGGUCAAGAAGAGAGUAGAGAAGAAGGCCAGGACCUUCGGGCAGAACGUCAUCUUGGAGGACAAUGCCACUGCUGGUGACAGCGAGUGCAAGGUCGAUCCCAAAGUGCUCUCCAAGCUGUAUGAUCAGUGGGUGAUGCCACUGACCAAGGACGUCGAAGUCGAGUAUCUCCUGCGCCGCCUCGACUGA